AUGACAUGCACAUAUGUCAUUAGUGCCAAGGGUGAAAGGAUACAUUUCUCGGAAGCACAGAGCAAGGCAAACAUGGCUGCAGCCAUGCAUCACAAAGUAGUCCCGCGAAUGUUCUACCACAAUAUUGAUAAACAGGGUGUUACAAUUAUUUGUUUAGUCUGGAUUGCUGUUGGUUUUUCCAGAAUCUUCUUUUUAUUCUUGGUGAUACUUGAAAGUUCUGGAAGCUUGCAUAAUACUUUAAAUAGCAAGCUGUUUGAGGACCGGGUAGAACCUGAAAAAUUUAACAAGAGAAAGGCAUGUGCUAAGGUUAUGGAAGCAGCGAAGGAUUAUCAACCCUGGUUUGGUAUAGAACAAGAAUAUACUUUACUGGACUUUGACGGCAAGCCGUUAGGGUGGCCGAAGAAUGGUUCACCCUGGCCUGAAGGUCCGAAUUACUGUGGUAUUGGUGCCAGCGUUGUAUUUGGUCGUGACAUUGUAGAAGCCCACAACAGAGCUUGUUUAAAUGCAGGUGUUAAAAUCGCAAGAUCUAAUGCUGAGGUCAUGCCGAGUCAGGUAAGUGAAGAAAAACAUUCCAUACUGUAUCAUAUUUUUUCUGCUGAAGAUGUAAUGAAUUACAGCACUCCUUUUAUCAACAGAAAUUCAAUAAAUGAUCUAACCCUAUACUAUAAGCCGAAUUUUCUGGCUAAAGGUUGA